AAUAUCGUAUUUCCAAUCAUCAAAAACCUUUAACAGAUUUUUCAAGCUCAGCGGAUAAGGUAUAAAUUAUAUAUUACUUCUGGAAGAAUCCAACCCUACCCAUGCAUUUGAACUUAAAAAAAAAAAGGAAAAAAAAAAUAUCCACGGCCGCCUUUGACGCCGGAUUUGGAGAGGACCGCCUUGGGCGGAACCUGCGGGGCGGCGGAGAAUGGGAGGGAAGAGCGUCAGCGUGUAGGAUAGAAAUAGAAAGGAUAUUUGAAGAUUUUUUGGAGGUUUAAAGAAGAAAGUUGCAACUAUACGAUAAGUUAAUAUGCGGAUCCUGAUCGAGAUUUUGCAGGUGUUAAAUUUAGAAGAAACAUGGGCAGGCUAAGCGAUCCAGGUCAAAGUUUUAAGUAAAAAUUUCUCUUUCCUUUCGGGCAGCACGCAGCAGAGGAGGAAUCUAUACUCUAGGCACAGAUUCAGAUUAGAAGCAAUCUAAUCUCCUUCCAGCCUCAUCAUUAAUAUACAAUUUCCCCAAAUUUCCAUUCCAGAUGGUUUUGGCGGCAAAUGCUCGUUCUUCGCCCCUGCAUACGCGAUGUUGUGCUUAUUUCCCACCAAAUUUCCGCAAUUUUUUUGGCCGGCGAGUCUCUUUUAGGGCUAACUAAAUUAACCAGGGCCGCUACUUUCAUUGUUAUAAUUAGAAAGAACAGGAGGAGUACGCCAUCCUGGGUACUGCAAUUGGGAAUUGGGAUGCAAAAGCUGGAAAGAAAAAGGGCGAAGAAAGAGAAGUAUGGAGUGGAGGAGGAGCAUACCCGAAAACCCAGAGAGGAAUGGACGCCAUUGAUUAUGCUUACGGGAUUGGAGGUGGAUGGAGAAGACAGAAGAGGUUCUUCGCUAUGUCUAUGUCUAUAUCUCUCUCGCUGUUGUGUGUCUCGGAAAGAGGGAAAAAGGAAAGUGCGCAAACUGAAGGCUGAAGCGAAGUGCGUUAAGGCUCUAUUGAUGACACGUGGCGAGAAUCCAGUGGUUUGGAUUCCUGGGAGGCUUGGCUUCAACAGCAACAACAGCAACAACCCAAAACCCAACACCAACGUAUACACCCACAAUCACAAUCUCUCUCUUCUGCCAUGUCAGAGUGUAACCCCGUCCUAUGACCCCGGCGAAUCCGUAUUUGUGUGCUUCUCUUUCUAAAAACUCUCUCUCUCUAUUUAUUCAUCUGUCUCCCACAUCUGUCUCUUUCAUUCUCAUCUUUCUCUCUCUCAUCCCCAACGCCAACUCUCCGAGCCCUAACUCUCGAACCUGCUUCUCCCCCCUUUUACUCUCUUCCCGCCCUUAAUCACAUAUUAUCAUGCUCUGUAUUCCCUAUUGAUCCACAGACCCAGGGUUAAGGUAUGAAGGAGGAUGAAUCAUCGAGUAGUAAAGUUAUUAGCAGAAAUUGGGUCAUGAAACGCAAAAGGAGAAAGCUUCCUUCUGCUACUGAUCUUCCCAGCAAAAGGGAAGACGGGUCACUUGUGAUUGAAUCCCCUAGAAGUAUUUCUUUGGCUAAAGGGAAGGUGAAGAGUGAGGUACAUGGUGAACAGUUUUCAUCCAAGAAGAAGGGAAAUGAUGGGUAUUUCUUUGAAUGCGUGGUCUGUGAUCUUGGUGGAAACUUGUUAUGCUGUGACAGUUGUCCAAGGACCUACCAUCUUCAGUGCCUUAAUCCACCCCUUAAGCGGAUCCCCAUGGGGAAGUGGCAUUGUCCAAGCUGCGAACAGAAGACUGAUUUGCCGUUAGAACCUACAAGCUAUUUAGACACCAUAUCUAAACGAGCAAGAACAAAAGUUGUCAGUGCAAAAUGUAAAAAUGGAAUCAAGUCCUCUGACACUGAGAAGGUGUCCCGGAUAUUUGGAAGCUCCAUUCUUGCCAAGAAGAGAUCUUCCAACAAGAGAAAAGCAAUCUUAGCUCAAAAAGUAAAGAAUUUUGGAAGGAAAUCAACCACCAGCAAUAUAGAUGUGUCUUGUAAUACCGAACCAAGUCAUCCAUCGGAUGGUAAUACUGUAACAAGCGUUCCUUCUCCUGUCAUCAUCGAUGAUGAAAAGCUGGGCAAUGCAUCUCACUCAGACUCUCACACAGAAGGAAAGUCGGCCCCUGCUGUUACGGAUGAUUUAACUCAUUCUAAAGCUGAAAAUUUAGAGCUAUGUGACGAGGUUCCUGAUAAAAAUCUUGAUAUGCUUGAGAACAAGCUUGGAAUUCCUUGUGAUGAUGCAUCUCCGAGUAAGAACCUUGCUCUUGCAACUAGUGCUGUGGGGAAGGAGCCUAAAAAAAGGAAAAAGAAGACAAAUAAAGAUGUUGAUCAAAAGAAGCAGAGGACUGGAAAGCCAACAUUGGUAGCUAGCUCUUCAAAAAAACUUGGAUGCAAAGUAGAUGCUGCUAGUCCUGGAAAUAGUAAAUCGGUAAGGAAACAUAAACAUGUUGACCAUGAGAUACCUAAUUCCUCCCCGAAAAAAGAGGUUGGGACUAAGAAUUCAGAUCUUGAUGGAAAAGAUGAGAAACAUCUUGAUGAAGACAAAGAUAAGUUGGUCGAGCUUGACAAAGUAGUGAGUCAUUUAGAUGGCAUGUUGAUAUGUGAAAAUGGAUUGGAUGGUGAGACUUUACAGGUUGAUCGAGUUUUAGGAUGCCGUGUUCAAGGUAAUAGCAAGGAAUCUUCAUAUUUACCUGAGAUAGUGGUUAAUGAUCAUCCCCAUGAUCUUUUAAAUCCAGAAAAUGAAGCCAGAGAAACAGGAGAUAAAUCUGCAUUUGAUGAUGUUUUAGAUGUUGGAACAGAAAAUGUCAUGAAGUCUCAUCAGAAUGUAGGUUCAAGUGGUGAUAUGGAAGAAAACUUGAAGAGUGACACGAAGGUAGAUAAAAUACAGGUAUACAGAAGAUCUGUGAAUAAAGAAUCAAAGAAAGGGAAGGCCCUGGAUCUGUCGAGCAAAGGCAAUAUUGAUUGUUGUACUACAACCUUAAAUGGAGAAAGUCGAGAUGGAUCUUCUGCAACAUUAGAAGAUCAGGGUAGAACAAUUGAAAAUACCAUCUCAGAGGAGAACGUUGACAACAGUUUGAGAAGUUCUGAUGGAAAUGAUGUUCUAAAAGUGUGUGAAAAGGUUGUUUCUUUUGAAACCAAUAACAUAACAGAAGGUGAUAUAGAAGUAGGUAUCAGUAGCAGUGUGGAAAAUAAAAUUGAAGAUCCAUUGUUACCUGAUACUGCAUGUAAGAAAGUUGAGACCGUACAUUAUGAAUUUCUAGUGAAGUGGGUUGGUAAGUCUCAUAUCCAUAAUAGUUGGAUUCCUGAAUCUCACCUGAAAGUUCUAGCAAAGCGAAAACUUGAAAAUUACAAGGCAAAAUAUGGCAUGGCUGUCAUUAAUAUAUGUGAGGAUCGAUGGAAGCAGCCCCAGCGAGUGAUCGCUCUUCGUUCUUGCAAAGAUGGUGGGCAUGAAGCAUUUACAAAAUGGAGUGGCCUUCCUUAUGAUGAAUGCACUUGGGAAAAUUUAGAUGAACCUGUUCUAAAAGAAUCUCCACAUCUGAUCCAGUGGUUCAAUGAGUUUGAGCAGCAAACAAUUGAAAAGGACUCUUCGAAGGAAACUUUACCUAGGAAAUAUGGCGAUUCACAGUUUGAAAUUGCUACUCUUACAGAGCAACCUAAGGAACUCCAAGGGGGUUCAUUGUUUCCUCAUCAACUUGAAGCACUCAACUGGUUGCGGAAGUGUUGGUACAAGUCAAAAAAUGUAAUACUUGCUGACGAGAUGGGUCUUGGGAAAACAGUAUCAGCUUGUGCUUUUAUUUCAUCAUUAUAUUUUGAGUUUAAAGCUAGACUCCCUUGCUUAGUUUUGGUCCCACUGUCCACAAUGCCUAACUGGCUUUCUGAAUUUGCUUUAUGGGCCCCAAAUUUGAAUGUUGUGGAAUACCAUGGGGGUGCAAAGGCCAGAGCAACUAUCCGUCAGUAUGAAUGGCACGCUAGCAAUCCAAGUCAGUCGAAUAAGAAAACCGACUCCUUUAAAUUUAAUGUUCUUUUAACUACAUAUGAAAUGGUUCUUGUCGAUUCUUCUUAUCUUCGUGGGGUUCCUUGGGAAGUACUUGUGGUAGAUGAGGGCCACCGUUUGAAGAAUUCUGGAAGUAAGCUUUUCAGCUUGCUCAAUACAUUUUCUUUCCAACAUCGUGUUCUGUUGACUGGCACACCUCUGCAGAACAACAUUGGUGAGAUGUAUAACUUGCUUAAUUUCUUGCAGCCGGCUUCAUUUCCUUCUUUAUCUUCAUUUGAGGAGAAGUUUAAUGACCUUACAACUGCUGAAAAGGUGGAAGAACUGAAAAAACUUGUUGCUCCACAUAUGCUUCGAAGGCUUAAAAAGGAUGCCAUGCAAAAUAUUCCUCCCAAAACUGAAAGAAUGGUUCCCGUUGAGCUAUCAUCCAUCCAAGCUGAAUAUUAUCGUGCAAUGCUGACAAAAAACUAUCAGAUACUAAGGAACAUUGGGAAGGGUGUUGCACAACAGUCAAUGCUGAAUAUCGUGAUGCAAUUGCGAAAGGUCUGUAAUCACCCAUACCUUAUUCCGGGCACCGAGCCUGAAUCUGGUACUGUAGAGUUCCUUCAUGAAAUGCGGAUAAAAGCUUCAGCUAAGUUAACGCUGUUGCAUUCAAUGCUCAAGAUUUUACAUAAGGAAGGUCAUAGGGUUCUACUAUUUUCCCAGAUGACUAAGCUUCUUGAUAUCCUCGAAGAUUACUUAACCAUAGAAUUUGGGCCGAAGACAUAUGAGAGAGUAGAUGGCUCUGUUUCAGUGGCAGAUCGUCAAGCUGCAAUUACACGCUUUAACCAAGAUAAGAGUCGAUUUGUUUUCCUAUUAUCAACACGCUCUUGCGGCCUUGGUAUUAAUUUGGCAACUGCUGACACCGUUAUUAUUUAUGAUUCUGAUUUUAAUCCACAUGCUGAUAUCCAAGCUAUGAAUCGGGCACAUCGAAUUGGUCAAUCAAACAGACUUUUGGUAUACCGGCUUGUAGUUCGUGCUAGUGUCGAAGAGCGCAUAUUGCAGCUUGCUAAGAAGAAAUUGAUGCUUGAUCAGCUUUUUGUAAACAAGUCAGGAUCUCAGAAGGAAGUAGAAGAUAUUUUAAAAUGGGGUACGGAGGAACUAUUUAGUGAUACAACCAUCACUAGUGGAAAGGACACGAAUGAAAAUGGUAAUAGCAAGGAUGAGGUGGUGACAGAUAUGGAGCAUAAACAUAAGAAGAGGACAGGUUCUCUAGGGGAUGUCUACAAGGAUAAAUGUACAGAUAGUGGCAAUAAGAUUGUUUGGGAUGAACAUGCAAUUUUGAGAUUGCUAGACCGUUCAAACCUUCAAUCUGACGCAACUGAGAUUGCCGAAGCUGAUACAGAGAAUGAUAUGCUCGGCUCAGUGAAGUCCGUCGAUUGGAAUGAUGAACCAGCAGCAGAAGAACAAGGAGCUGAAUCACCCACUGGUGUAAAUGAUGAUAUUUGUGCUCAAAAUUCAGAAAGGAAAGAAGAUAAUGCGUUGGCUGGUGCUGAAGAAAAUGAAUGGGACAGACUUCUACGGAUUAGGUGGGAGAAGUAUCAGAGUGAAGAGGAAGCAGUUCUUGGCCGUGGGAAACGCCUCCGUAAAGCUGUUUCUUACAGGGAAGCCUAUGCUCCACAUCCUAGUGAAAUAUUGAGUGAGAGUGGGGGUGAAGAAGAAAGAGAACCAGAGCCAGAGCCAGAGAGGGAAUAUACACCGGCAGGACGAGCUUUAAAAGAAAAAUUUUCUAGGCUACGAGCUAGACAAAAAGAACGGCUUGCUAAAAGAAACGCAUUGGAAGAAUCAUGCUCUCGUGAGGGAGUGACACUACAUGGGUCACUCCCUCACCCUCAGUGUCCUCUCACCAACGCAGCAGAUCCAGAUCAAGCAGCAGGAUUGUUAGAAACUAAUAAAGAGAGGCCUCCGGUAUUUGACUUGGAGGAUGAAAAACUUGUCCAGUCAGCAGAUGCUCCAAAGAGCCGGAUUGACUCAACCUUGAGGCUGGGAAGAAUUCCAAGGCAUAAAGUUAUCAGUCAAUUAGAUCUUGCAGUAGGUCCAUUAGGCUAUCCGUCUGCUGAUAACUGUGUUCCAAGCCAACAUUUUCAGGGCACCAAUCAUACAAACUCAGUCCCGAUGAACUUGUUGCCAGUUCUUGGACUUUGUGCUCCUAAUGCUAAUCAGCUCGAGACAUCGCGUAAAAACCUGUCAAGAUUGAAUGGUAAACAUAGCAGAACGGGACCUGGACCUGAUUUUCCAUUUAAAUUAUCUCCUUGCUCUGGAACUUUAACUGGCAGUGAUAUUGGUGGCGCCGAGGCUGUGCCAGACAAAGAACUGCCAGCUUCAUCAGCAGAACGCAUGCAUGGCCAUCUUUUAUUUGCUCAGGAAAAGAUGGCACCACCCAAUUUUCCCUUUGAUGAGAAAAUGCUGCCCAGAUAUCCAAUCCCAUCUAAGAACUUGCCGACUGCACGUCUCGACUUCUUAUCAAACCUAUCCCUGGAUAGCAGAGUUGAAGCUGUUAAUGGCUGUCUUCCAACUAUACCUUUGCUGCCCAAUUUAAAACUUCCUUACCUAGAUGUUAUGAGGGGCAAUCAACAAGAUGAGGAGGAAGCUCCCUCCUUGGGUUUGGGACGGAUGCUUCCUGCGUUUUCAACAUUUCCUGAGAAUCAUAAGAAAGUGCUUGAAAAUAUAAUGAUGAGGACUGGGUCUGGAUCUGCCAACUACUUCAGAAGAAAACCAAAAGGAGAUGGUUGGUCAGAAGAUGAACUUGAUUUUCUCUGGAUCGGUGUCCGAAGGCAUGGAAAGGGAAACUGGGAUGCCAUGCUUAAAGAUCCAAGACUGAAAUUCUCAAGGUACAAAACCUCAGAAGAUUUAUCAUCCAGGUGGGAGGAGGAGCAACUAAAGAUUUUGGAUGGGUCAGGUUGUCAGGUGCCAAAAUCAGCUAAGCAUAAAUCACAGAAAUCUUCUCUAUUUCCAAGUCUCCCUGAUGGGAUGAUGGCCCGGGCUUUGCAUGGAAGUAGACUAGUUACAGCACCAAAAUUUCAUACCCAUCUAACAGAUAUUAAACUGGGUCUUGGCGAUAUUGCUCCUAACCUUCCAAGAUUUGAAGCAGGUUUGCAAAAUGAGCAAUUUGCAACAAUUCCAACCUGGAACCAUGACAAGUAUCACUCAUAUUUUCCAGGAGAGUCUUCUACAGGAGCUUCUGAUCGACCAGGGAUUAACUCAACCAUGCCUAUCGAAAACCCAUUUAUGUUCAAUUCUUUGGGAACUACUCACUUGGGUUCUUUGGCUUUAAAUGGUUCUCGUACCUUUGAUACACGGGGAAAGGAGAAUGACGAACCAGAUCUCGAUAACUAUGGGAAGUUGCCGAUUUUUUUGGAUAGAUCCUUGAAACUAUUUCAUGAAUCACCUAACAAUUUGGAAAAUGGUGGUUCUGGACUGCAGCCUGAUCCAAGUAGUAGAGGGCUCAGUGUAGCAAAUUCGAAAGAAGAAGUAACGGACAGUAGUUCUUCAAAGGACAAACUACCUCAUUGGCUAAGAGAAGCUGUAAAUGUUUCUUCAAAACCUCCAGACCCUAACCUGCCUCCCACUGUGUCAGCAGUUGCACAAUCAGUUCGAUUGCUAUAUGGGGAAGACAAGUUCAUCACCAUUCCUCCAUUUGUGAACCCAGGUCCACCUCCCUCUUUACCCAAAGAUCCGAGACGGAGUCUGAAAAAAAAAAGAAAACGAAAAUCAGUUCUUUUCAGGCACACUCCAGCUGAUAUUGUAGGAAGUAGCCAGCAGGAGGAGCUUGAGGGUGGCCCGGUCCAGGCUGAUGAUACUGUUUCUUGCCCCAUCUCAUUGGUCUCGCCACUUGCCAUGCAUCCACAGCCACAGGAAAUGGCAGGAACUUCAAGGCUUCCAGUUUCGGAAUCUGACCUCGGCAUACCUGCUCUGAACUUAAACAUGAAUCCACCAUCGUCAUCUCUGCACACGAACCCACAGAAGAAAACUAGCAUGGGAUUGUCGCCAUCGCCAGAAGUUCUUCAGUUAGUUGCAUCUUGCGUCACUCCCGGUUCACAUAUGUCAUCUAUAUCAGGGAAGUUGAACUCAAGUCUCCUUGAGAAUAAGCUUCCACUAUCAACUUCCCAUGAUUCUGAAGACCUCUUGGGUUCUAAAAGUUCUUCAGGAAAAAGUAAAAAACAGAGGUUAUCAUUCAGUUCAUUAGAUUUAUACCAUCAAGACAAACCCAAUUCCCCCGAAAGUGACGACUCGAGUAAGACACAAUCAGACCCCUCAAGGAGCAAAAGACCUGAUGGGGAAGAAAUAUCGUCUGAAGGGACGGUCUCAGAUCGUCAUGCAAGUGACCAAGAAUUGUAGUUGUAAUAAGAACCUGUAACAGUAUAGUCAUUUUUUAGUGCUGCGCGAGGCUGUAUGUCAAUGUGCUUGAAUUUUUGUAGGCAUUCCCCAAUGAGUUAAAUGCAUUGGUAAAUGGUAGGCUUAUCAUUAUCAUAUCUUUAUGUAAAGCUUUUUUCAAGAGAAAUGUCAAAUAUAGUUCUCUCUUUUGGUA